UGUGUGUGUGUGUGAGAGUGCGUGUGCGCGCGGUCACACGGCUCGGGCACUGUGGGAUGGACGGAGUCGAGUGCGCCGCUCAUGGAGCAGCAGGAGCGGAGCGGAGGGAGGACGGAAGGAGGCGGCGCUUGUCCUCCGCGUCGUCGCUGUGCGUUCGAAUGCGCCGCUGACAUUACCGAGUGCGGCGCUCCUGUGCGGGAGUGGACUCCGCGCGUCGCGGCCACACACACCGGGGCUUCUGUGCGCAACGAUGGCGACUCUCCGCACCCCGACACCUUGACCCAACUGUUGUCCACCUCUUUCCUUUCGUACCUCGUAAUCCCUGAAGCCCUCCGCAGCUCUGCCCGCCUCCCCUUCCAACGCCGACCCCCUCCUCCUUUGUUUCGACCAUGGACCCCUCCGGAGAGACGGCGGCAGCCCGGGACGGACACCUGGAGCCCAGGUGCAGCCCCGGGCGCUCGGACCUCAGCGGGCUGUACCACCUGGGCCGCACGUUGGGCAGGGGCCACUUUGCCGUGGUCAAACUGGCUCGCCACGUCAACACCGGGCAACUGGUGGCCGUCAAGAUGAUUGACAAGACCAAACUCGAUGUCAUGGCAACGAGCCACCUCUUACAGGAAGUGAGGUGCAUGAGGCUGGUGCAGCAUCCCAACGUGGUGCGACUCUACGAGGUCAUCGACACGCCCACCACCCUGUACCUGGUCAUGGAGCUGGCCGAGGGCGGCGACCUCUACGACUACAUCCUGCGCCACGAGGGGGGCGUGGCCGAGGGCACCGCCAAGCGCCACUUCGCCCAGAUAGUGCGCGCCGUGGCCUACUGCCACCAGCUCCACGUGGUGCACCGGGACCUGAAGCCCGAGAACGUGGUCUUCUUUCCGCAGCAGGGGGCGGUCAAGCUGACGGACUUCGGGUUCAGCAAUCUGUUCCAGCCGGGGACGAUGCUCGCCACCAGCUGCGGGUCGCUGGCGUACUCCGCCCCUGAGAUUCUGCUGGGAGAAGAGUACGAUGCUCCGGCUGUCGACAUCUGGUCCCUGGGGGUGAUCCUGUACAUGUUGGUGUGCGGCGUCCCUCCCUUUCACGAAACCAACGACAGCGAGACCCUCGUCAUGAUCCUGGACUGUCGCUACUCCGUCCCCGAGCACGUCUCGGACGACUGCCGAGCUCUCAUCUCCCGGAUGCUCCAGAAGGACCCGCGUCGCCGCGCCACCCUGGAGGAGAUCGAGGCUCACGGCUGGCUGCGGGGUCUGGACAGCGUGCUGCUCAGCCCGGAGGCCCCGCCGCACUGGCUCUCGGGGGCCCUGUCGCUCAGCUCGCCGCGCUCGGGGGCGCCCGAGUGCGGGGACCUGCUGGCCGCGAGGCCCCCGCCGCCUCCGCAGGCCGUCCCCGGGCCCUGGCAGCCGAGCCUCACCGUCACCCUCCGCCCGCCGCCCGCCGAGGAGCCUCCGGUCGCCAAGAACCUGUCGGCACUGCAGCAGAUCUGUGAGGAGGAGGAGGAGGAGGACGAGGAGGAGGAGGAAGAGGAGGAGGAGGAGGAGGAGGAGAGUUUUGCAUCUGUUUUGGAAGCAGAACCAGAGACAGAAGCUGAGCGGAUGCUCGACGAAGCAGAUGAUCCAGUUUGCAGAGGAGAGGAGGAAACAGAAGGAGCGAUGAAUGAGGAGGAAGAAGAGGAAGAGAUGGAGAAAGACAGCGGUUGUGUAAUUUCAGACCAGCCGAUCGGUCACGGGGACGAGCCGGUGAGUCGGACUCCGGAAGUCCCACCGUGGUCUCUGUCCGGUUUGGGGGUCCCGUGUUGCCGGGGGCAACCGGACCUCACCCCCGCGGAGGAGGCGAAGGACGAGGAGACGGAGCCAAACAACAACACCGACAGCAAACCCCCUCCCGCAUCCUGCGCCAGACUCGGCCUGAACUGCGCGGAGGCAGGAAGCGAGGGGCAGCGAGAGCCGGGGGAACCGGAGGAAGGGGCGCGGGGCGACCUCCCCGCCGACAGGCCCGCGCAGCCCCACGGUGCGCUCGGCGCCCGGGACGAGGCGGCGCCGAGGGCGGAGCACGGGAAGCGACACAGCAUAAAGCUGCGGGAGAGACUCUUCCAGUUCCCGCUGUGCGAGAAGGCUCUGGCCCUCAACAUGCCGACGCACAACAAGCCCAAGAUCCUGCCGCUGGCUCAGUACAACUGCUGCCACGUGCUGUGAGGGAACGUUCCUGCGCGGGACGCCUGACGCGUCGGACUCGAAUCACUUGGCACGUUCGGCGAGACGUGGCGACGAGUCAGCGGAGCUCCGCCGCGGCAAACACCCGAGUGUACAGCUUCAUACCUAUCAGACACUCGCUUUACGGGGUUUUGUGCUCACGCACUCGACAUUGUGUUAAAGGUGACAUAUUAUGCAUCACUUAAGUGCACAGAUGUGUGUGUCCGUGGAGCCUGCCGGCCCACAAACUGCGAACAAAGGCCACCCUGCCGUUUGUGCGUGAGCUGGCUGAAACCCUGCAGCCUGGAGCGCCGAACGACUGGUUCAGAUCUCUCUCCCACUGUGAUGUCACAGUUGGUAAACUCCGCCUACAAUCUGAGAAUCUCCCCCUUUCUCUGCUGAAGGGGGCGUGUCAAUUCUCCUACACCUUUUGAGAUCAGUUGACCAAAUCACGACCGACUGGGCCAGCCGCCCAAUCACUGCAGACUGGGGGGUGGGGUUAUCGGGAGGAGGAGGCGGGGCUAAAAGAAAUCCAGGCGUUUUUUUUAGACAGAGGGUGAACAAGAGGAGCUGCAGGAGCGGGCAGUAUGAGAAACACUGAUGCCUUUUCUGAACAUUAGAGCAUGUGGACCUUUUCAAGUGGUCACCCCGAUAUUACAAGUAUGAACCCGAACGUGAUCAUAUAAUAUGUCACCUUUAAUCUGGAGCGCAGCAGUCAGACUGCAGUAGAACCGGACCUCAUCCACUUGCUGCUGUGUUACAGGAGCGACCGACAGAGUUGGACUGUGUCGAAAACGAUAGCGAAGUGAAACCUGCACAGGAAAGGAAGACGGCGACCCGCGACAGUUUCUACCGAAUAAUAAGCUACAGUCCGUUUUUUUUGUUGUCGUUUGUUCUGAAGGUGCCUGUAACGAGGAAAAUGACAGUGGUUUUCGUAACCGUUUGCUGAGAAGGUCGGGGACGUUCUCCCAUUUCAUGUUUUCUAAUGUCUGAAUUUGAAACGAAGUUAGAAACCAGCUUCCCGCUACGGAGGAGUCGCCUCCUCUUUUCCCCUUUUUGCACAAUUCCGCUCCUCACGUUGGUUUCAAAGCUCUUAGAUAUAAGCUCCACAUAGACUGCGACUGUUAGAUAUGAUAUAUGUGAUAUGAUAUGGUGUAUGAUCUUGUCUUAUUGAUAUAUAGGCUCGUCCAAAAAAACACACUGUGUGAUACUGUUCGAUCAAUCCAUAGGGAUGCGGGUCUUCCACGGUAUAUCUGACGCUGUUCUGGAACAUUUGAAUCAUAUCGGAACAAUAACACUUUUUAUGUUUUGGGACGUGCAGGUAUGACGUUCCUUGAAUUGUUUCGUUUUUUUUAUAUAUAUAUAUAUAUAUAUAUAUAUAUAAUGUGACAGAUAUUAAUUCUCCCUAAAAGAGAGGGAUGUGACGUUGUGCAUGUUCGUACUGUUAUUUAUCACGAUAUACCUCCGUGUGUCUUGGGUCCCGACAGGACGCUGUUCUCGCGCGACUCGUACCUUGAGCUAAAUCCACUGAUUAUUGAAUUUGCACACAAGUACGUCGACCGUGGCUGGUUUAGCUUUUUCCCUUUCGAGCAGCGUCCUGGGGAUCUGGUGGAUCGUAUUUGUUGGGUCAUCUGGACCAGAUUAGUGUCCAUCGUCCAUCCGCGUGGUAUUAUUUUUUAACCAAAUGCCUCCGUGUGCGUGUGCGUGUGUGUGUGUGUGCGUGUGUGUGUGUGUGUGUGUGUGUGUCUCCUUUAUUUUCACAAGCGUUCUCCUUCUUUUUGAACCCUCAGACAUGAAGUGUAGGAAAGGACAAUGUUCCCCGUCAAGUCUCUGCAGCUUCACGUGUGAGCAACAAAUUGUAUUUCUUUUUUUUUUUAACCUGUGACCGGACGGGCGUCACGUGAAAAAUCGGAUUAUUUGUUGUUAUUUCCUCGGCCGUCGAGGCGUUAAAAUCUGUGCAGAGGCGGAAUAAUCAAAUCCCAUUAUCCCACAAUCCUGUGCGAUUCUCGCAGCCUUGUCUCCCCCCAGUGUGUCUGCUGACCUGCCUGAUAACUAAGGACCACGUUCUCUCAUGGAGCCAUGAACUUAUUUUUCUGUAUUUAUUUAUUAAAAACGGAUUAAAUCAAAAA